CUGAAAACGUUUGUACUAUUAAAUUUUUAUUUCGCAUCAGUUAAAGGUUUUUUCUAAGGUACGUGAUAUUUACAGUACUAAAAGAUUAAGACACAGGAACUUACGGAGCCCAACAAUCUAGUAUACUGGAUAUCGUUAACAUCAAAUAUCCCGACAAUAUACUGCUCAAAACUCCCGAAACAUGAAGACAAAACAUACCGACAAAAUGGGUUUGAGGUAAAUCUCUUCCUUUUCUUCCCUCUAGGCAGAAAACAGUUUGACAAAUUCCGUCAAUCUCCACACUGAUUUGGUUGCACAGUCUUUACUUUUCCAUCCAAUUUUACCACCACCACUACUUUGCUUCUUCCCCUCCUCUCCUUACUUCUGUUCUGACUUCUCCUCGAGACACACCCUCCAAUAAAACAUUCACCCUCAGUUACACACCCCGGGAUUACACAACUCCUCUCUACUGAGUCAGACCCACCAUGUGGCAAAGGGGGGACAAGAAAAGACAUAAGGCACAGUACAGUAUUUUCUGAGGAAACACUCAUACUUAUUCUUUUUUAAUCCCAUUCCUGGCAUUUUCACAAACUCAGCCACCUGUCAGUCCACAUUAGGCCGCGUUUUCGGGACUCUACUGUAGUAGCUCUUAGUUGGUUCGAAUUGGAUUAUGAUAUUUCUAAGCUUUAAAUGGAUCUUUUCAUCUUGUUCCACAAAUGCUUGAUCAAGUGACUGAGCCACAAAUGAGGCAAAUGGAACUCAGUCAUGUUCUUUGCACUAAUCUGAGACCAAUUGAGCAUGGCAACAAGUGCAAUAUCCUAUAGAAAGUGUCCCUCUGUGUCAGGGAACACUGUAGCCAGACUUCCACUGAAGCACAACCCCUUCAUCCCUUCCAGUGUAGAUGUCAUUUACAAACAUCCCCUUAUAGAAUUGAGUUCUUUCUCAAAAAUUUCAUGACCAUCAGGUACAAGGAUUGCCUCUUCUAUGCCUAACAAGUGCAAAGACUGUCUUCCAGCUCUGCCUCAAUUUUGUCGCAAUAUGACAAAGUCACAUGAAGUCUCAAAUUUUAAUUUUAUGUAAAUUAAUGGGCAGUUUCAAUGGAAGUUGACUAUAGGGAGGAUAAAACUACAACUCUAGCAAUAGCCUACAAGUAAAGGUCUGCUGUGUGGACUUCAUCAUUUGUGGAAUUAUUUUUGUUAAUUAAGAAUAGUUUUAAAGCUCUUUAAAAUAUUUAUUUUAACAAUAACUUCCUAGACAUAAUUCCUAGUACAAAAAAGAGGCUUAGUUUAAAUGCAGAGAUGUUCCAUAAAAUUGAUACAAUCGGUAUAUAUAUAAAAUGUAAAUUCCCUUAGAAACUGAAUGUAUUUACCAUGAAAAGUCUAAAAACCCCUAAAUCCAGUAUUGAAUAAACAACUUAUUGACAGAACUAACGUUUUCAAUCUUUUUUUAAUGUUAUCUUCAGGUUCUAAAGAUGGAAUACAAAUCAAACCGAAAAUCAAAUUCAAAAGUAUUCAUCUGAUACGUAAUGUCACAUAUGCAAGAGCUGAACAAAUAGUUAAUUAAUACAAUAAUUAAAUUAAUUACUACAAAAUAAUACAAAUCAAGAAUUGAUUACAAAAAGGAACAAAACUGUAAACGUAAAUGAAUAAAACAGUGCAGUACAAAUGGAAGAUUAUUAUUUCAGUUCAAAUAAUGCUACCAGGCAUGCAACAUUGAUGCUGUAUCCCCACUGUUUGAUAGCUUUCCUCUUAGUAAUAGCUUUAUAUAAGUACAGUAUCUCCAAAUAUCUAAGAUGUGAUGGAACUGUGGCUUGGUGGAUAAGAUGAUUUUAUUAAAAAAUAUUUCUAUGUCUCUGUCCAAAGUAAAUGAAGCCAAGACAAAUGCUUUGUAAUAGAGUCUUGGUGUUCUUUGGUUUUAGUGGCACCAAUAUAUUCAUUAGAUGUCAGUUAGAUGGGAAUUAUGCAUAAUAUGUAAUAAACUUGUCACACUCCAAAAGGAUCCAACGAUAUCACUCUAUAUUCACCAUUCAUCCCUUGUGGGUUAACAAACAUCAAGAAGUUCUCACCUCUGAGCAUAUUGGUCUGUAUAAUAUUUAACAUAUGAGAAAUUUGUUGAAUGUACUUUGGUUUUGGUCACUUUCUCCUUCUCCUGUUAGCCAUUGCUGAAGCACAGCACUGUUCCAAAAAAGAACCUGAUCUUUUCUAUAUAUGUAUAUUCUAGUGGUGUGCAAUACUUGGAAUAAAGAUAAAGAGUCCUUUUGUUCUUUGAUGGUUAAGUUCAUUGAGAAGCCCAAAAAAAAAAGCCAUAUUAAUUUUCUCAUUCUUAUAUUGUGAUGUGAAGUGCGAAUAGAGUUACAAGAUACAACUAUAUAUAAGAAAUAUCUUUAUUUCGCAUGAAUUCAGACAGGUUUUUAGGAUGCCAACUAUUCUCUGUCCCAGUACAAAAGUAUAAUACAAGCCGUACUACAAUUUUUAUCAAAUUGUUAUCACUUCUAUUUUCAUGACACAAUAAAUUCCCAUCUUCAAUAAUUUUGCAAUACAUAUAUUAGUUGUGUAGUGCUCCACGACUAGAAAUAUAGUUCUCUGCAUAAGGUAUUUCCAUAUCAUGGCUGUGAUUGGCUGCGCAAAUUGCCCCUUGGGUAAAGGAAGAACCCAGAUGGAGGGAGUAUUUAAAAAGGGGCACAUUUACAUGGAAGGCACAUUUCCUUUUUUUGUUUUUCUGUCUUGGUUUGUUCGAUGUCAUCCUGAGAUUAGGAGCGGUGAUACUACUAAAGGAAGAUUCGAUACAGAAAAAACAUUAAGGACAGUUCUGAGAAUAGGAAGUAAGAAAAGAAGGACUGUGUAUAGGAACAAAAGGAUCGUAAAUUGUAAAGAGGAAAUUAAGUCUAUUGCUCAUUGGAUUGGAUUCAAUAACACAACUUUACAAUAUGUCAAUCAUGCUGUUGUAGAAAUAAAUGGAAAUAUAUACUCUUUUGGUGGUUACAAUGUUACUACUACUUUAGGUGAAAUUCAGAUUGAAGUUCACAUAUUAAUAACAGAAUUGUUGAUAUGGAAGAGAAUAGAAUAUAAAAGCAAAUGGAGUGAUAAUGAUAUACCUUUACAAUGCUAUGGGCAUACAGUUGUUGCUUAUAAAAAUAAUGCCUAUUUAUGGGGUGGAAAUGAAAUAAUGCAUGAUAAUAUUUAUUGUUUCAAUACAGGUGAGUGUAUAAUUUUGAAAUAGAAAUGUUAAUUAUAAAUUUAAUUAAUGAAUUAAAAAUACUAUUUUGGCAUUUUAUCCUACCAAUCUUUUUCCAAAUACUAAUGCUAUUGAAUGCCAACGUGGUUGUGAGAUCCAAAUUUAAAUCAAAUUUCACCACUACACAAACUGUAGCAAAACUUUAUUACACGUGGUCAGAGCGACCAUGUCAAACAUCUACAUUCUCGGGUGAUACACGGACAAUACAAUGAAUUUCUACAUCUACAUCAAGACAUGCGGCAAAAUACGACACUACAUCUAGACAUGCGGCAAAAUAUCUCGAAAAGAUGGAAAUCCACAGGGCGCAGAAGAGCACGCAGUGUAUCAACUAUAGGGAUGCUGACGGGCUUUCGUCUGCUUGGAAAUCUUUUUGCAACGAAUUGGCAUAGAUCU